CUGUAUGAAAUUAUUUCGCCCCACGUCUAAUAUCGUGUUAAAUCUAUUUGUUUCUUGGACUUGCCGUUGCCAUACUUUCGGUGGUAUAGUAAUUGGACAGUAUUGGAAUCUUUGGCUUAUCACUUGCUACUCUGUGAUGCCGACUACGCGUAAUCCAGACUUGAAGGACCAGAAGCCUAUUUAUUCGCUUGAUAGCACUUUAUAAGGCUCGUAAACGCCACUGCCCCUUCUUCAUCCUCUGUCCUCACAUUUUAUGCUUCUCGUUACACCAUUCGUACUGACUCUGUUGGGAACUAUGCUGGGUCUCGAAGUUUGUCAUCGCAUCGCCGGCAAGGUCUCGUCUGCGACAGACCUUUACUAUCCUGGAUCCACUUCAUACGCAGCAGACAACAAGCACUACGCGAUAUCAAGUUCGCAGGCAUCAAUGUGCAGCGUUGAGCCUGGAUCUGCUGAGGAUCUUGGCAUCAUUCUAGGUAUAUUGGGAGAGACGAAUACGAGAUUUGGAGUCAAAGGCGGCGGACACGCCACGAACCAAGGCUUCUCGUCCACGACGGGCGUUCAGAUCGCCAUGACGCGGUUCAACGAGGUUACAUAUGACUGUACGACACAGACAGCAGUUAUUGGUGCUGGUAAUAUUUGGGACGAUGUCUACAAGAUAUUGAAUGCUCAAGGUGUGAACGUUCUUGGGGCAAGGGUAUCAGGGAUUGGCGUGGCUGGUUUCACUCUCGGCGGGGGGUAUGCAUGGCUCAGCAACCAGUACGGCCUGGCUAUUGACAAUAUAGUUUCAUUCGAGUUGGUAACGCCAAGUGGCACUAUUACCUCUGUAACCGAAGCCAGCGAUGCGGACCUUUUCUUUUCAUUAAAGGGAGGCAACAACAACUUUGGAAUCGUCACUCGGUUUACUUUGAAGGCAUUCCCACAAAGCACCGUCUGGGGAGGAAGCGCCUCGUACAGCGCGGACAAUAUAUCUGUGUUCACAGCUGCGUCGGCCAAAUUCUCGUCGGAAGUCAGUGACCCUAAAGCAGCAAUGAUCAUGACAUAUGGGUAUUCUGGCUCUCCCGCUCAGUUGUCCCUCUCCGGUAUGAUGUUCUACGACGGCCCUACUCCUCCGGGUGGUAUCUUCGAUGACUUCCUUGCAUUGCCUUCAUUAUCUAAAGACAUCAAGUCUCGCUCGUUUUACGAUUUCAUCAUGUCUUUGGAAUUUUCGGCCGAUAAUGACAGAGUUGUAUCUAACGAUAUCCCAGUGCUUGACUACUCAGAGUCGACAAUCAAAGGCCUCAUCGAUGAGCUGAACCACUCGGCCUCCACCCUAUUUACACAAGGAGCCUCCUUAACCGCGUUUUCUAUUGAACCAUUCCUUCCUACUAUCUUUGAUCAUGCUCCCGCAAACUCAUCUGCAUAUCCAAGCUCUCGCGAGCGUGCGGUCCUCCUCACCAACCUUAACUUUCAAUGGGUAGGGGAGAGCCACGACAGUGUAUUUCACGCUGCUGCGGGAGCAUUCACGCAGAAGCUCGGCGUUCCGGGCGCACCGAGGUACCCGAACUACGCCAUUGCUGGUACUCCGGUGAAGGAUAUGUAUGGUGAAGAGGGGGUAAGGAGAAUGGAGGCUACGAGGGAAAGGGUAGAUCCUAGAGGUGUCAUGCGAUUGACGGGAGGAUUCAAGGUAUAACCCCAAUUGUACCAACAAGAGAUUUUUAGGCGACGAAUUAAUUGGGUUUUGGCGUCGUCUGACUCGUC